GAGAAGUAGUCGUUAGAAUCCACUGGAGAAAUCAAUGGCGGACUCCUACAACUUCUACGACUUCCUUAGCCACACAUCUCCUUCCUCCAAGCCAGCUUCGAAACACACCGGCCACCACCACUCCAACCCCAAGCUGCCAAUGCACCAACACCCCGUCAGUUACCCUCCUCCUCCGCCAUCCCAGCCCCCUUCUCCGCCUUCGCAGCCGCCGAGGGUCUUCUCGUGCCUAUACUGCUCGCGCAAGUUCGUCACCUCCCAGGCCCUGGGCGGCCACCAGAACGCCCACAAGAGAGAGCGCGCCGCCGCCCGCGGCCACCAGCCGCUCCUCGUUGACGUCGUGCCGGGCCGCGGAAUGCCGCCGCCAGCGCUUCUCCCAACGCCUCCUCAGCCCGCAUGGCUCGACCCUCUUCAGACAGUCCACGGCCACAGCCCGGUUCUCCACGGGUUCGUGGAGAUGAGCUCCCCAAUGGACUAUGGCGGCGAGGAUGACGACGACGUUGAUGACGACAGAGUAAACCUCGACCUCUCUCUGCAUCUAUAG